GUCUCCUCCUUCCUCUAGAUUGCUCCAGGAACCUUUCCUUACUUCUAACCACCAGUCUGUGGAGGCCAUGAGUGCGUGCAGCAGGAAGGCUCUGACUUUACUCAGCAGUGUCUUUGCAAUCAGUGGCCUGGGUCUGCUGGGAGUGGCAGUGAGCACAGAUUACUGGCUGUACCUGGAGGAGGGCGUCAUCAUGCCUCUGAACCAGACCACCGACAUCAAGGCUUCUCUGCACUCUGGCCUCUGGAGAGUCUGUUUUCUGGCCGGUGAGGAAUCGGGCCGCUGCUUCAACAUCGAGUACAUCAUGCCCAUGAACAUCAAGCUGACGUCAGAGGCCACAGGGAACAUUCUCAAGAUGAUCCGCUCAGCAACUCCGUUCCCUCUGGUCAGCCUCUUGUUCAUGUUCAUCGGUUUUGUUCUCAGCAACAUUGGACACAUCCGUCCUCAUCGCACCAUCCUGGCGUUUGUCUCAGGAAUCUUCUUCAUCCUUUCAGGACUAGCCCUGGUGGUGGGUCUAGUGCUCUACAUCUCCAGUAUAAAUGAUGAGAUUCUGAACAGGACGAAGAGCAGCGAGGCCUUCUUCUCCUAUAAGUACGGCUGGUCCUUUGCCUUCGCUGCGCUCUCCUUCCUGCUCACCGAGAGUGCAGGCGUCAUGUCUGUCUACCUGUUCAUGAAGCGGUACGCAGCCGAGGAGCUCUACCAGCCACGCCACCCUAACUUCUACCGGCCGCGCCUCAGUAACUGCUCCGACCACUCUGGCCAGUUCCUCCACCCAGAGGCCUGGUCACGUGGAAGGAGCCCCUCAGACAUCUCCAGUGAAGCCUCACUCCAGAUGAGCGCCAGCUACCCAGCUCUCCUUAAAUGUCCCGACUACGACCAGGUGUUGUCCUCACCCUGCUGAGCAGCACCCAGAAGCUGACCAAACACGGUCUUAUAGUCAGAUAGUUAAUGUGAGUUUGUGAUUAUGGCUAAAAGACUUGAGCUGAUCUUUAUUGUUGCAGGAGCUAGUUAUUUAAAGACACAGACAGUAAAGCUGAACAUUUUUUAUUAUUGUUCUUUAUCUAAACAUUAAAAACAGUUGAUUUAUUUUGUGUUAUUCAUUUACCUUUCAGUGCCUCAUUUGGAAUUAGAUAGUCUUGUUUUUUUAGUUUGUGAGUUUUUGUAUUUUCACACUUAAAUAUCUGCAACCUGGAUGGUGAUUUAUUUAUUUUUAAAUUUUAGAAAGAGCGUUUUUGAUCGGGAAACAUAAAUGACCCUUGAAAGAAAGGCUCACAAGUCCCUCGUCACAAUGAGGAAUAAAAUCAAAGUGAAAUAUAACAUGCUCUGUAUCUUUAACAUGUUGUGUUCUUAUUUUGUUUGUUGUAAUGUGUGUUCGUCAUGUGCCUGCCAUGGAAACUGAAGUAAUUCGACGUUUUAAUAUAAAAUGUCAAAUGAUUUGUAAAACAUGCUAUCAGAUGAGAUUAACUUAUACUUUUUAAAUUGCGGCGAUUCGGGUUGUAAAAAGAACGCAGUAGACCCCCUUCUGGAAUGAUGCUCGUGUUACUCUGUAGGAGACAGAAAACUCAACAGACAGAAAACAAAAUGUUGAAAUGUGAAUAAGGACAAAAAUGGACAUUUUGGACCAUUGAUGAUCAUUCUUUGUCAACUAUGGUAAUGCAUUCCAUAUAAAAUGUAAAGCUCA